AUGCGAUCGCACAGCAACCAGAGGCCGGGAUCUCGAGCGGAUGUGAUCGAGGCUGUUGAUCAUGAUGGCUGCAGAGCAACGCAGGUGCCCGUGCACUUCGUUGUCGUCACCAAUGAGCCAGGUGCGCUUGCAGAGGUGAUGAUGAAAGUGCAGAUGCACAUCAUAGAUCCCCUGGUGAAGCGGAAGAUUCUCCUCGAGUCGCGAAUACUCGAUGCAACGCCUUCCUCCUUCAUCGCGGAGGCAGCGACGUUGGUGGUUUUCGAAUUUGUGGUGCCCUGCCCCUGGCCGAUCACGGACUGGGAUGUUCAGGGUUGGCGCCGCCGCUUGGGCGCCGGUCUCCGACUUGUCGUGGCUCCUGCCCAGAGCCAGAGGAGCUCUGGAGAGAACGAUGAGCAAGCAGCAAAGACUGCGCUUGCGAGGGCGAUGAUCCUCCCUCCGGCCCGGCAGCCAAAGGAGGCCCCUGCGAAGCAGAAGGCCAUCUGGGUGGGCAGCUGCGUUGAAAGGGAGAGGAAGGGUCAGGACAGGUACGUGAUCCCUGCCAACCUGAGCGGGCAGCCAUGCCUAGCCGUCGUAGAUGAGGGAUCUGGGAAGAGGCUUCGCCUGUCCUCUGAAGAUGGGGAGUGGUCGCGCACCACGCUGUUGAGCCCCGUCAUGGCAGCGGCGCUGGCUGAACAUCUGCCGGCAUCGCUACAGUGGAAGACGGCUUGGCGGUUGAUUUACUCGCCACGCUUGAAUGGAGUAUCACUAAAGACAUUUUUCCGAAGGAUGCAAGGAGAGGGCCCAACGCUCCUGCUUCUCCAGGAUCACAAGGGGCAUGCUUUCGGAGGCUUUGCCUCCUCUGCCUGGCACGUUACCGACAGGUACUACGGAACCGGGGAGAGCUUCGUAUUCCGUUUCAGGCAUCCUAUGCCGAAGCCGGUGGUAUCACUGGCACAGCAGAUGCAGCAUUUGAGCGCCAACACGCCUGAAGCCAAGUCAGACACCAGCCACUCUGCGCAGCGAGCGGUGGACGAGGCUGUUAAGCUUCUGGAAUCCUGGCGUCCCAAGGUGAAGGAACACGCCCAGAAGUCGGAGCGCGAGGUGUUGCAGAGCGACUGCAUCACUUCUGCCACAGAGGCUCUUGACGAAAUCCUGGGUGCGGGCGCGAUUCCGCUUGAGCCGCCACCGAGACCCGCAGCUGCUGCUGCCGAGGAGGCAGCCCAAGAACAGGAAGAACCCGAGGACCAGGACUUGGAACUUGAGGUUUUCCACCACGACCCAUCGGGAGAUGGUUUCUUCCUUUUCUCUGAUUCGACGUGCUUGGCCAUGGGCGGCGGCUCUGGCUUUGCGCUGUAUGUGGAGAAGGACCUCCUGCAUGGAAGAAGCGAUCCUUCCACGACUUUCAACUCGGAGGUUCUUUCCUGCGAGACUAGCUUUAUCAUCGGAGAUUUGGAGUGCUGGGCAUUUGAUGAUCCCACGGAGGAACGUUAA